AUGGAAGAUGAUCUAGAGUACCAUCGUGAUAACCUACAGACGUGGUGGCUGUUGUCGCCAGACAUUGUUCUCCGUGUCGAAAAACGCUUGGACGCCGAAGGCGGAUCUACGGCACUUGAGUGGUUCGUGCAACGUCAGCCCACCGUCGCCGGUCGGAAAAAAAUACCUACUUCCUCUGUUUGCUCGCUCGUUCGUCCGUUCGAUCACUCGGUCACUCGGCGGUUGCUGUUCGAAACGAAGCGGGAUCUGUGUCAGAACGGCUCGGAGUCACACCUCUCAACCGGCAGGAAUUUCACCUAUAAAAGUUCGUUGCCGUUCGGUGGUCAUUGGCCGUUUUUACGAGCUCCAACAUUCACCUGGGACAAGCUCAGCUCCAAAACGGCUGCCCUGCUGAUACACGACAUGGCAGCCGUUCAGACGUUUCGUUACCGGAUUUGGAAACUCUCUGCGGUCGGCUUGUCGCUUCUCGACUGGCAGUUCCGAAUUGCAAAAUCCGGCGGCGAGGUCCUGCCAGUUAGCAGCAUGAGGAUGUCACUCACUAAUAAAGAACGGGAACUAUUAUGGAGUAUCUGGAUGCCCCUUGUAUGCGUCAAAUGCACAGCACAGAGGGGUGGCCAACAUGUGAACAGCAAAUUUAAGGUUUCGAUACUUCCCGACCACGUCGAAAAUCCGGACAUGCUCACCACUGUAGGCCACAGCUCAAGAACCGAGCGCCAUUGCAACUUGUUCUAA